AUGCUGAAAUUUUGCCUUAAAAGGACAUUUGCUCAGCUAGAAAGCCCUUACUCUAUUUUAGGUGUGACUGCUGAAUCUACUCCACAGGAAAUAAAAAAUGCUUACUAUAAGCUCGCUAAAAAAUACCACCCUGAUGUAAACCCUUCAAAUUCUGUAUUUUUUAUAUAUCCCUUUUGCAUUAAAUAUAUUAAUUAUAAUAUAAAAUCAAUCCAUACGCAACAAAUUCAAUAGUAAACAUUAUAGGAAAUUUUUAAGAAAAUUAACCAAGCUUACUCUGAUGUUUCUAAUAAAACUCCAAAGCUUAAAAUGCCUCAAUACCGAUAUGACCCAGAAACUCAUGGAUACAAUUUCAGACAAAACUGGAAAGGCUUCACAAAACCUGACGAAAAAAGCGAAUUUUUUGGAAUGGCAAACAAAGAAUAUAGAAAAGCUAAAGCACAGCAACAAAAUCAGUAUUAUUAUGACCGCAUGUUCGAAAAAUUAUUUGUGCUGUAAAUAAUAUGCAGGGCGGUUUUUGCUUUACUCAGUUUUAAAGUAUUUUUGCAUGUCCAGAAUCAACAUGAUCAUGAGAUGAUACAAAAGCAAGAAGAAUUGGAAGAAGAAAUGAGGGUAGACGGAGAAAGGUUUAAAGAGUAUGAAGAGAUGACAAGAAGAAGGUACAAUACAAAGUAA